AUGGCGGCUUUCUAUGGAGUGCUAGUUUUUCUUUUAAAUCUGCUAGACGUCCUAGUCGCCACAUUGUUUUUAUUAAAGUCAAAAUGGACAAUGGAAUCAUGGCAGAAUGCAACUGCAGAUUUGAAGUUUUGUACAUGUACAAUAGACUUAUGGCUUAUCGCAAUUUCUCGCUUUGCUUUGAUAAUUGGAGCACUAUUUGGUUCAAGAGCCAACCCGGUUCAAGGGCGUGCUCGUUUAAGGCUGUCUACAAGGCCUAUUUUCUUCUUGUCUUUUGGUAUUAUUGUUUAUGUUUUAAUAAAGUUUCUGGCUAGUACAGAAUGUGUACAGGAGCAUAGUUCUAAAGUAUGGCUUUGGUUGUUUUUUGGGCAUACUGGGAUAUUUUCAUUCUCUCUGACGUGGAGUUGGUGGGUUUUGAGUAAAGGGUCGUUACAACAGCCGUCGUUGGUCGUUAAUGCAGAUCAGGAGGUUGGUUCGGUUCUGCAACAAGAUGGAUCAGCAUCACAAUCUGAUUCGGACAAUGAAUCUGUUGACUCUGAUGACAGUUCUGGUGACAGGUUUGUAUGCUGUUUUCUGGACUAACAUAAGCAAAGCUUCAAAUAUUUUUUGACCAACAUAAGAUGCAAGGCUUGCAAUUGUUUCCGUGCAAACAUGACCAAAGCUUAGAAAUUGCUAAAAUUGCAAACGAUUUCAUAACUUUGACCAUGCAUCUUUUAUCUCAAACUUUGACCAAAUUUUACCAACUUUGACCUUCAAUUGUAAGGAAAUAUUAGUUCCGUUUUGACCAACUUUAACAGUUUUGAAUUACAGGGGGGUGUUACAUCCCCCCACACCCUCCUGUAGCAACGUCCCUGGGCACUAGCUAUGUGCCCUGAGCAAGUUGCAGCAGGGGUCUGGGGGCACAAUUGCUAGUGGGGACAGGGUUGGGUGUAAGAGCCCCAGGAAAGAUUUUUGGUUUCAUUUAGUUCAAAAUUCUUGUUUUUAGUCUGAUUUAGUUCAAAUCUGUCUAUGUGUGUAACACAUUAUGGAAAGUACGCCACUCAUAAAAUUACCUAUUAUCCUUCUUUUUAGUGAAUCUAAAAGCUCAAAAAGGAAAGUGACUAUAUCAAGACUCCUGUCUGUCUCCAAACCAGAUGCCCACUACCUUUUACUAGCCUUUGUUUGCCUCCUAUGUGCUGCAGUUGGUGAGAUGUUCAUUCCUUAUUACACCGGACAGGUCAUUGACAGCAUUGCUAUAGACAAGGACAUUGCAAAAUUUCAUAGAUCAAUAAUUAUAAUGGCUUUGUUAUUAUUCAUUACUGCAGUAUGCUCUGGCCUUCGAGGUGGAAUAUUCACGUUAGUUUUAAGCAGAUUUUACAUCCGAGUAAAUAAACUUUUAUUUGGUUCCAUCAUUUGUCAAGAAAUUGCAUUCUUUGAUAAACAUAGAACUGGAGAUAUUGUCUCACGUUUGACAUCAGAUACGAGCAAAAUGGGGGAACAGGUCACAUUAAACAUUAAUGUUUUUCUGAGAAAUGCUGUUACAGCCCUUGGAGUGUGUGCACUAAUGUUUCAUAUUUCAUGGAAAUUGACUAUCAUAACUUUGAUAAGUAUACCUGUUGUGGCAAUUAUCUCGGAAAUGUAUGGGAAUUAUUUUCAGAAGCUUUCUGAGAAAGUUCAGAAUUCUAUUGCGAAAGCCAAUGAGAUUGCAGAAGAAGUUAUCUCUUCCAUGAGGACUGUCCGGAGUUUUGCCAAUGAAGAUGGUGUUGCAAGAGAAUACGCUGAGAAAUUGGAUAAGACAUAUUCCUUGAACAAGGUAAGAACCGAAUAUGGUUCAUUGUUUAUAAUACAAUUGCAAUUUUGGCCUUCUAGAGGGUGGGGAAAUAAAACCCAGAUUAAACGAGGAUGAGAGUACAUGAGAGUUGGUAGUCGCACCACCUUGCAUGGUUAGCUGGAAGAGGUUAUUUUGCUGGCCUCAGAGUGACAAAACGUAAUAAAGCAACAGUUUUACCAACACUAACCCUAUUCCAAACACCAACUCUAAUCCUUACCCUAAUUUAACCCUACUUCAAGUUUGUUUCUAAACCUAUGUUGAAGAAUUUUUUUGACAAAAUGUCAUUCUGAGGUCAGCGAAAUAACUUUUUCCUGGAUUAGCUGUUCUUAAUAUUUUCCCAACACUAUCAUGUAUUUUAUUUAAGACUUAUGACAAGUUUUUGUUGGUAGAGAUGCAACUACCUGGAAAAUAUAAGGAGAAUUUCAACGUUUCGAGUGAAGGACCUUUGUCUGGAGUCACUUUAUUUCGUUAAUCUAGAUCAAGCUUCAAAUGUCCCCUGUAACAAUUUGUGACUGCCAAUUUGACACAAGUCAGGCUAGCACAAGGCAUGCAAAAAUGUGACUCUGAUGACCCGGACCCCGCCCUUGACCCAAUGUUCCAGCCGUGCAUGAGAAAAAAUUUUCUGCCUCUUUCGUUCUUCGCCCCGCAGAAAAUAACAUUUCAUCCUGUAAUAUAACAUCUUCAGAAAGAGGCUUUGGUGUAUGGUGGCUAUACUUGGUGUAAUUAUGUUAUGGAGGCGAUCAUAGACUUAACUACAUUGUAUUAUGGUGGAUUUUUGGUCAUAAGAGGUGAAUUAAGUGGAGGUGGUCUUGUCUCGUUUCUGUUAUAUUCUUUAAGUCUGGGUCAAGCUAUUGAGGAAAUUGGUGAUGUGUAUACUGGCCUGGUUGAUGCCGUUGGUGCAGCAGCGAAGGUAUGGUGUUAAUUUAUUCACAUUAAAUUAUUUACAGAUAUAGAAUAGUUUGUGUUGAGUUAUCAAAAUCAAUGAUAGAGUGCUCAUUGGAUAACCAGAGCAUAAUAAAGAAAGACACAAAAACUUAGCAAGCUUUGUUUAGCAUAUUUAUUACCAUAAUUGCCAUAACAUGAAAAUAACGAAUUAAAAUGUUAGUUACUGUACUUCAUAAAAUUACUUCUUUAUAAGUAAAAAGUACCCUGGCAAAAAUUUACUUCGUUACAUGCUUCCUUAUUAAAAAAUAAUAUUCAAGUACAAUAACGAAGUACAUUUACUUCGUUAUUGGUCACCACUGCUCCUAGGUUUGUGUCGUUCACCAUUGAUAGCUUUUCACUAGAGGUGUGCGUCGGAUCGAAGUUUGAAUCCGAAGUUUUACCUUCCAAAUCUGAUCCAAUCCAAUCCGAAAUUUUUUUGUUAAAUCCAAUCCGAUGCUAAAAAUCGCAAUCCGAUCUGAUCUAAAAUAUCGUAACUGUGAUCUGAUCUAAAAAAAAAACAUAUCUUACAUAUAUAACUUCAAUUAUCUAUCAGAGUCGGCCAGAACUUCGCAGAAAUGUCAAUUAGGAUAUAUAAUAAUUCCUUGCAUUAUUAAGAGGCAAUAUUGGUCUUUGCGAUGAAAGCUGUUCAAAACCUAAAAUCUUUUUGGCAUUCCUCUCAAAAUUACUUUGUUUUAGCUUCAUUUUGUAGUUUACAUAGUUAACAACUUUUUAAAAAUGUAUCUGGCAGUUGAGAACAUUAACUAAAUAUUAUUAACGCCAUAUUUAUACAGCAAAACUUACUGAACUUCAGACAUCAUUUUCUCUUUGGCGUACCAUCUAAAAUCUCUUCAUUUUAGCAUUAUUUUACAGAUAAAGCACUAAACAUACUUUUUAAGUUUUUUUUGCCGUUUGAGAAAUUUAUCAAAAAUGAAAAAAAUGUAUUGGAAAAGUAUAUACAUUAGUUUUGAGCGCGUGUUACGUAACAUACAAAAGAUACUUUCUGUGUGUGUUGGGCAUACCCAAAGGUCGCGGGUUCGAUUCCCACGGUGGGCAGGCAAACUUUUCAGCUUACCCGGUGUGGAUGCACACUCAGAGAAACACCACAAACAUCAUAGAAAAGAUUCUUCUCUUAAAGGUAUUUCAGUACAUAGACAGAAAACCUCAAAUCCCAAACGACGGAACUUCAGCACCAAGUGAAGUUUCAGGUAGAGUGGAAUUCAAAAACGUUUCCUUCUCCUACCCUACGAGGUCUGACUCGGACGUUCUUAAAAACAUUUCAUUUGUGGUCGAACCUGGCGAAAUGGUGGCGCUUGUUGGCUCGAGCGGUGCGGGGAAAAGCACUUGUAUCAAUUUGUUGCAACAUUUUUACGAACCGAACGAAGGAGACGUUCUAAUUGAUGGAAUUCCGGUGAAAGAACUUGAUCACAAAAUUUUGCACCGCAAGGUUGCAUUGGUAGGACAAGAACCUGUGUUAUUUGCUAGGAACUUGAAGGAAAACAUCGCUUAUAAUUUUGAGUCAGGCUGCUCCACGGGGACUGAGCUUGAUGGAUUAGUAACAGACGCAGCAAAGCUGGCAAAUGCUCAUGAUUUUAUUACGGAAUUAGCGCAGGGUUAUAACACACAGGCAGGAGAAAAAGGUCAACAGCUUUCUGGCGGGCAAAAGCAACGGAUUGCCAUCGCAAGAGCUCUAAUACGCAAACCCUCCGUGGUGUUGUUUGACGAGGCCACGAGUGCGUUAGAUGCUGAAAGUGAAUACAAGAUUCAAGAAGCAAUGUUUCGAAAUUUGGGUGGAAGGACAGUGAUUGUGGUUGCGCAUAGGUUUAGUACAAUAGAAAAGGCGAACAGGAUUAUUGUAAUGGAUAAAGGGCAGAUUGUCGAGGUCGGGAAUCAUGCUGAAUUAAUGGCUAAUGGAGGAACGUAUGCAAAGUUGGUUAGACACCAGUUAGUGAAGACGGAAGGUUCUGAGGAGGAUGACAGUUCAAGUGAAUAGGACAGGACGGAUUGAUCUUGAUCAACUUGUUCGUGUAAUUUCCAUAUGUCAGAUGAUACACCAGAUCCGGAUAUAUCAUUGAUCAUGGCUAAAAAUAGCCAAGGAAUUAGGCCUGACAUUCAUUGAAAAUGGGCCUGGCAUUCAUGUUACCCCAGGGUUACUAUCACUGAUCUAUUAGAUCAGUGGCUACUGUACGUUGAGUAGCCGAGGUUUUAUAUUUACCUGAUCUCAGGAUAAAAACUUCUUGUUGAAAACCACUUCAGUUUUUCGUAAUAUGUU